AUGCACACCGACGCACUUUUUCGAAGCGAUAGGUUCCAAGAAUUAAGAUCUGCCACUGAUCAACCAACAAUCAAAGUGCUUCAAAAAUCUCCCAAAGCAACCCCAAGUUUGCCGGGAAUUCGUCAAUUGCUGCAUAACAUUUGUGCGCACACAAUCGAAAGGACCACAGUUAUUAAUGAUUUCACGAAUAGAGAGAUAAAAGCGCAGAUGGGUUUUCUUUCGACGAACAAUGAAGAAUAUCCCAGUUUCAAGCUUGGCCAGCUUGGCCAGCUUGGCUCUCCCAAGCAGUCCCAUAGUGGCCGACGCCAUGAGAAAUUACCCUUCCAUUCCUCUCCCACGCGCUUUGAACACCCUCAGCUAGUGAAAUUCUAUACUGGCGAUACCGCGCCGCGGCAGCUCCUCAGAGUGGGUAAAAUACAAAAGCCAAGCGGGGACCUGCUUCGAUUGGCAAACUUGGUAGAAGCAUCUCCAAAAAUGCACGAGGUCCAUAUCACAGGGAACUCAAUAAAAGACGAGGUGAUAAGUUCAAAUGGGGAGUAUCAGCUGAAAGUGGCUGAAAUUCUGACAAGCUCACGGUGCGUCUUCGAGAAUUUACAAGAGUGGCCCCUUUCGGUUCAUAGCCAAGAUACAUCUGGAGAUGAUGGGAUGUACUUUUUGACCGAGUUUAUUAAUAUGGAAAGCUUGGAUAUAACCAUAUCCAUGGCAAAAAAGGUUCAUGAGUCUCUCCAAGCAAUCAAGCUAUGGAAAUCCAAGCACAUUGAAUUAAAGAUGAAUAGACGCCCUGAAAAUACCAUAGCAACGUCUGGCAAAGGCAUGAUUGGUGGCAUUAGUCUUCCAAGAAUGGACCUGGGCCAAAAGCUCAGUAAGGAUGAACCUCGGAAGGCGUCUUGUAGGCUUGGGACCGCUUCUGGUCACGCCAAGGGAGGAAACGCUGCCAUAUUCUCUGAGGCGGUGGCGUCACAUAACACAGGACGUCACAAUAUUGAUACCCAGCUGAGCACGAAGGCAAUCGGGGAACCAAAGGGAAGAGUAAUGAGAAACGCGCUUCAAUGCGCGCACUGUUCAUCUACCAAAACCCCAGAAUGGAGGAAAGGUCCCUGCGGCAGAAGAAGCCUGUGCAAUGCAUGCGGGUUAUUCUAUAAAAAGCUAGUGAGGAAGUUUGGUGAUGGACAGGCUUCUAUGAUUAUGAAGCACAGAAAGAGCAUCUCAAGUAAAAACCGCAAAGUACCACAUGUAUUCGACGUUCCGCACUCUUUUGUACAAAUUUAG